AUGUAGAAUAUAGUUCGAAGCAGAAGCGAAAGUGAAUCUCAAAAAGAAGAUGAGAGAUUUACUGUAACUCCGAUGUUAGACUCUAAUAAGAUAGGAGGAGUUCAUAAUAGCAAUAUAGAUUUAGUAAAUAAAAAGCUAUUAGAUAUGAAUUAAGAAGAAGCUUUAGUGUUAGACUAAGUAAAAGAAGAAUAAGAAGUAGUUAACACUUCGAACUCCAUUCCUAGUACAUCACCAUCAAAUUCUAUUUUGAUUCGAGACUUGAAGUUUCUUUAAAAGAUGGCAUACUAUUUUAAGUUUUUCAGUGAAUUCAUAUUGAGAGACUUUAAGAUAAAGCCAUUAAAUAAUUUGAUAAGUGUUAGUACUAUUGUUUUGUUAAUUGUCUUUCUUGGAUUAAUUAACAUAAUGAUGAGUUUAUCUCCUAUGAUUUACCUUAUGAUGAGCGAAUAAGAAGUAGGUGAAAGCGAUAUUUUAAUAGUCAAUCCAGAAAUUUCGCAGUCAAAUAUGGGAAACUAAAGUUUGGACAAUUUUAUGAUCAAUUACAAGCUUGUGAAUGAUCAGUACUGCUCUUAAUAUCUUAAAGGAUGCUCUUCAAGAUAUUAUUUAAAAGGAAUGUAGACAAUAAAUAGCUAAGAUAUUUUUAGUGAUGUUUUACUUAUCGAUAUUCUGAAAGAAGAGCAAAUAGGAUUAGGUCGCCGCAUUAACCUGACUACACUAAAAGAAAAUGAAUGCUACAUCAGCAGAAAUCUCAAUUCUAUUUUAAAGAAAGAAGUAAAAAAAUCAUCAAAAGAUAAAUAAAAAAUUGUUCUUGACUUUAAUCUUGGAUUGAUUCUUAGCUCUCUACCAAGUUUCCAAAAUGAAGAUCUAAAUUAAGCAUAUUUUUAAAAGGUAUAAUUCAUCACAUAAUCAUUGGUAAAAAAGUUUUAAAUGGAUGGAGUGACUUAUAAUACAUAUUAGGAUAUUCUAUUUCAUUACAUUCCUUCUUAAAACCUAGAUUAAGAAAUAAGGGACAGUAUCAAUAGUUUUAACAUUGAAGGAUUUCUAGGUGAUAAAAAUAGCGAACCUGUUAAUUUAAAUCACAGUAAAUAAUAUGCAUUAUGCUAAAAAUUAGCCAUGUUUAUUAUGGAUAUGAAGUUUUCUCUCAAUCUAGAAGUUAAAGAUGUCAUUGAAAAUUCUGUAGGAAAGUUUGAAGAUAAAAUUUCGAAUUUCGUCAUCUUAGACUACACAAACUAAUAUGACUACAUAUUAUAAUAAGCAUGCUCAAGUUUUAUUAAGUAAUUAACUGAAAGAAUGGCUUAUCACUCAGUGACAUACUUCGCAUAUCUGAAUAUCAAAUAUCAAUACCUAUAUGAAAAACUUUACACUUUAGUUAAGUAAAAUGCUGACCCUGAUUUCUUUAAUAAACAUGCGAUAACUUUAUAUGGAAUUUACAAAGAUAAGCAAAACAUUUACCUUGAAGAAAAAACUAUAAAAAGUUAAAUACAAAAAUAAAGUAAUAAAUUCUCUGAAGUUUUUGGAAUGAAUUAUCCAAUUAAAACCUUUUAUCCUUUGUCCAUAACUUAGAUAAAAAAUCUCUAAUAAAAAUAGAUAUUAGAUAACUCAUAUAAUUGCGGUGUUAUCCUGCUAAUAGCUUUAAGUUCUGUAAUUAUCUAUUCAGUUUCGCAAUCUAGUAUUCAAUAAAAAGUGUAAGAGUAUGGUAUUGUUAGAAUUAUAGGCUAUUCUACCUAAUCAUUGAUCAUAUUUUCUCUUUUAAAGGCGAUUAUAUUUUAUAUGAUUCCAGCACUGAUAAUUGCUGAGCUCUUAAAUUUAGUAGUAUCAAAAUUCAUAAAAGAUUAUUUUUAUGGCUUACUGUAAUUUUCCACAGAUAUCAGCUAAGAUUAUAGUAAUAGUUAUUAUGCGACAACAGUUUUACUUGGUAUAGGAUUGCCACUUUUUUGCAAUCUUUAUCCUUUUAAAUAGUUUUUUGAUAGGUAAGUACUGAGUCAAGCUAUUAAUUCUCACUAAAGAGUGAUACAGUAAACCAAAGUUAUCAUAUAAAAACUUGAAAAAUAUGGAGUUUCAUUAUAUGCUACUAUAAACUCUGUAAUCCUAAUAAUUGUUGGUAUUUUGGCAUAUUAUUUUGCACCUUAUGCUUUUGUUUCUAAAAAAGUAGGAUUAUUUUUACUGAUUGUUAACUUAACAUUCUUGAUGGUGAAUAUAGGAAUUAGCUUUUUGCUAAAUAUAGUUUAAAGAAGGCUAGAACUUGGAUGGAUCAGAGUGAUUUUGAAUUGUUUUUGUAGAAAGGAUAAAAAUUUGCAAACCUCAAUUGAAAAUAACUUUAAAAACAAUGAUAACAGAAUGUAAAAGCUAGGUAUGAUUAUAAUGAUGAUCUUUUCAUUUUACAUUAGCAUAGGCAGUAGCGUAAACAGCUAAAUAAUGAUGGUUUAAAAUAUGGUUAAACUAAAUAUUGGAAGCGAUUACAUGCUUGAGGUUUAAAAGAAUGAGAUUUCUCUUGAUGAAUAUAUUUUAACUUAAAACAUUGAACAAUUCAAAUCAUUAUUUCCUAAUACAAUUAAAUCUUAUAGUUUUGUAUCUAAGGGUAUUAAAACCAUUGAAGGAUUCCAAAGAGCUACUAAAUUAAGAAACAAUAUUGGUGUGAGCAUUAAAUUUGAUUUCAAAGCAAUAGGCCCUUAAUUCUAUGACUCAAUUUAUAAUGAAUUAUUGAUCGCUGAUUCUCCACUUUUCGAAGGAUAAAACCCCUCAAACUCUCUAUACUUUAGUAAUGGAACAUCAAUAGGGAGAGUCGUUGAAGAUGAGAUGAUGAAAUCAAAAGAUCAUUAUUAGAUUAUUUCCAAAAUUUAUAACGAUAAUUUCAAGAAUUUAAAUUCAAUGAUAGAACAUGCAUAAGAGUAAUAUAUUCUCUAUUAUUUAAGUUCAAAAGAUAAAAAAGCAUUAUCAGUUGAAUAAAACUGCCAUAUGGAUUUUAUCCUUGGAGCUACAAGAUAUAAAGGAAAACCUGCAGGUUUUGCAAAAAAGAUACCUGGCUUCAAAACUUUUACUGAAAAUUCUGUAUUUUCUAUGUUUUAGGAUUCCGAAGCUCUUAUAUCUUAUGAAUAAUUUCAUCAUAUAUUGAGAGUUUCUUGGGAAAUCGAAGGGUAUUCUGAAGAGAGUAUUAAUUUAAUGCUUAACAGUUUCCCUAAAAAUUCAACCUUCAAUAUUCCUAAAGGAUAGCUCUUUAUUAGGCUACAUGACAAGGUCGAAUUAACUCAAUAAUAAAAAAAUAUGCUUAAAAGUAUUUUAACUGAGAAUAAAUAAGAAUCAUCAGUUCAUUCUGAUUCUUAGAAUGUAUCAUUCUAUGACACUCAUUCUAUCCUUGUCUCUCUCAAUUAUUUAGUUGAAUUUUGGAGCUUACUUUUUAAUUUAGUAUCUGUAUUCAUUUUUAUACUUACAUACUAUCUCCUCACUAUUACUUUCAAGUAAAAUGUGCAAGAAAAUCUCCAUAAUAUAAAAAUUUUUAAAUCUAUUGGACUGAAUCAUAAUCAAGUGCAGAAGAUAUUCAUUUAUGAAGGUAUCUCAGUUAUGAUAAUAAACGGUAUUGUUGGUUUGGGAAUAGGAAUGCUAUUAUCUAUAAUGAUUUAGCAACAACUGAUCGUGUUCUUAGAAAUGCCCUUCGACUUUUAAUAAAUUCCAUACAAAGUUACAUCUCUACUUUUAUUUAUGUGCAUAGCUCUUUCAGUUUACACCUCUAAGUCAGAAAUAGAUCAAGUAAAAAAUAAGCAAAUAGCACAUAUAGAUAAAUGA